GAAGAAGGCCCAGCGGCGAGUCGUCUGCUUCUCAUCUCUGAUCGUUCCCCUCACCUCCUCCUCCAGUACGCACCAGCCGGCAAAGGGGCGCCCUCCGGCGGCCGGCGGCCGGCGACCCACUUCAAAGGAGCACCGACAGCAGUAUGGCGGCCAGACGGAACAUUCCUUAUUCUGUUCUUCCUACGGAGGACAGGGAUGAAGACAAUGUUGACCGCCGGUUCACAUACACUCCAAAAUCCUUGAGGAGGAUCCCGUGGAAGUCGAUUGCCCUAGCAUUGUUCCUCCUCUUCCUGGGAAGCUCUCUUCUCUUCCUUUCGUACUUUAUAUCCACAGGUCACAUGGAGGGUGAUAGCUCUCAGGUGUAUGGUCUAUUGUUCCUGGGCAUCCUUGCCUUUCUUCCUGGAUUUUAUGAGACCCGAGUUGCAUACUAUUCAUGGAGAGGAGCACCAGGGUUCACCUUUGCGGCCAUUCCAGACUAUUAGGCUUCGAUUCUAACUCAUCUACUGGGCAGUAAAGAUAUUGAACAGCAAGAGCCAAAAUACGAAACUUUAUCGAGAAUGAAAUGAGCACUUAUUGUUAUGUUUGUACUACAAAUAGCUAACAUGUAGGUGAAGUCGCCUUGUGUUGAUUCUAUGUCACAUGACGGAGUUGUUCCAUCAGGCGAGCUAUGCAUGUGCUGCAGAGCUAAAGCUGCUCUUGUGCUUUGCUUGCUUGUGCAUUGCUAUGUAGAUUGAACUUCUGGAGUUACCUAAGAUAUUAGUUUUAUGGCUUAAGUAUGUUAAUCUACAAAUAUAUUUUUAGGGCUUUGUUCUAUUUUGCGUGUUGAAGAUACUACAUAUUA